GUUUGUUCUUAGCAGAUCUUAUGAUCACUCUAGGAUUCUAGCAUGCAACAUCUUACACUUGCUCAUCAUUUAUAAGGUAAAUUGAGCUAAAUUUUACCUCAGCUUGUCAGCAACAUAGUGCGCGCUGUUGUUAAUGUACGCAGGUGGAACCCAGGUCUUUUGUUUGCCUGGAUACGAAAUCUGUCAUGUAAAGAUUUCAAUUUGAUUCGCAAAUACACCAUUGAUCAAGUGAUCAAAGAGGCGUACAGUAUGAGAGAUACGUACACCAGAGCUGCUCUCUUCACAUACGUAAAGGGUAAAAGGCAUCAAAAGUUUUUACGAAAUCCGUGACAGUGCGGGAAUCACCAAAGACAUUUUUCACUCGUGCUUGUGAAAAAUGAAAAAGUUGUUAUAAGAGGGAGAAACUUUGAAGAAAUGCGCAAUUGAGAUGCCUGACUGACUGUUGAAAAGUCUUGCGAAUAGAGAGAAUGUUCUCUGAUGCAAGGGACUGUUCGGUCCAUGCGUGUAUGUUGUGGUGCUGAAAUGUUUUUGUAUUAAUGCACUGAAAUGUUUUGUUCUUGUAUCCAGUAUUGUUAUUGAUGAUACUAUUUAGAUUUUAACUAAUACCUAUAAGCUGUUUUAUGAGGUGGGGUUGAAAAUGUUGUCUGUUCAUUUGUGUUUGUCUGUUGCAAAUUUAGACAACGCAAAUGAGAUAAAUUUUCUUGAAAAUGUAUAUAGCUUGUUAGUUGAACAUGAAUUUGUACAUGUGAACGGCAUGUUUUAGUAAAAACGCAAGUUACAAAAUAAUUAUAUUCGUUUUUAUAAAUAUUGUUAAAUAACAAUGUUUUUUUUGUUUGUUUGUUUGUUUUUUUUUCACCCAAUCUGGAAUGCCCAAUUCCCAGUGCGCAUUUUUUAAGUCCUCGUGGUCGCGUAGUGAUUUGCCUCAAUCCGGGUGUUGGAGGAUGAAUCCCAGUUGCCUCCGCAUCUGAGACCAUCAACCCGCACAUCUUAUCACGUGGCUUGUUGAGCGUGUUGCCAUGGAGACACAGCGCGUGUGGAGGCUUCACGGCAUCCACCGCGGCAUCUGCGCUCAACUCACCACGCGCCCCACCGAGAACGAACCACAUUAUAGCAACCACGAGGAGGUUACCCCAUGUGACUCUACCCUCCCUAGCAACCGGGCCAAUUUGGUUGUUUAGGAGACUUGGCUGGAGUCACUCAGCAUGCCCUGGAAUUUGAACUAGCGAAAUCCAGGGGUGGUAGCCAGCGUAUUUUACCACUGAGCUACCCAGGCCCCGUUAAAUAACAAUGUUAAUAUAGGUAACAAAAUCUUUAAAAGAACAUUGCAUUAGUUGUGCAUUGAUUACCCACAAUGAGGAAAUUGAGUAAAGGGGUGAACAUUGUUAGAGUGCGGAUUUGUAAUCCGGACCCUGGGUAGAAUGGAGAAAAAUUUUGGCCCUUGCCCCCUUCAAAGUUGCCUAUCCCUGGUCUGGAGGAAUGGGCCAAAAUUCGGGUAGCCUUGUGGAAGGCUACCCAAAACGUUUGACCCAAGUUAAACUAUUUAAAGGCAAUGAUACCAAAUACAAACAAAGUGUAUGUAAACUUCUGACCCACUGGGAAUCAGAUGAAAGAAAUAAAAGCUGAAAUAAAUCAUUGUCUCUACUAUUAUCCUGACAUUUCACAUUCUUAAAAUAGUGAUCCUAACUGACCUAAGACAUGUUUUCUAUGAUUAAAUGUCAGGAGUUCAAAUGUAUUUGGCUAAAGUGUAUGUAAACAUCUGACUUCAACUCUGUCCAUCCAUCCAUCCAUCUAUCAGGCUGUAUGUCUUGCUGCAAGUUCUGCUACAUUUUAAACCUCAAGCUUUUAAAACUUUUAAAAAAAAAGUUUCAGGCCAGACAACAUCAAAGUUUGUCUUGACAAAUUUUACCUAUCUUGUUAUUAUUGUUUUAGUUUUUGGAAGUGUGCAUCAGUACAUGCUGUUCUUUGAUUAAAUGGUAUGCAAAGUAGGUUUAAACCAGCACCAUUAUGAUCCAAGGGCCUAUUAUGGACUUUCUGGGCUUAUUAUUUAGCUUUACAUGAUUAGUCUGUAGCUGGUCCAGCUAUUGAGCUGUGCCAUGUGGUCUAGAUGGGGACAAUUAUUAUGGUCUAAAUGGGGACUGUCUGUUCUCCUCUCUGGAGACUUAUGAAUCCAUACAGCAUUUCAUGUUCUUCUCAUUAAUAACUGAUAUGCUGGUCUGUCUGUAUUUUAAUAAAAUAUUGCAGUUUGGACGCAAUGUGCCUCAACAAGCACUGGGUCAGCAGUGUUAUAUUUUCAACGUCAAACAGUUCAAAUAAAGUUAACGGGGGGAAAUGCUUACAUUAUACUCACUCCUGCUUUCCUCCAAAGAUAUUUGCUGUUCCAAAUGAUUUAAUGACCCUUGCGUCUGUGUAACCCAAUUCAAUACAAACAGCUCAUCACGGGUGAUUUGGAGAUCAGCUCGGACGAAUAAGUUGCUCCUUCCUCCAUGGACCCCUGGUGUUCGCGAAAGGAGGUCUACUCUCAGAGAAGCUAACAAUCCAUUAUGGUGCUCUCAAAAGACCUUUCACUAUAGAUACAGCAGGCACUGGAGAAAAGGCCCAAAUUGACAGCUCUACACAAAAGAGAUUUACUGCUUUGCUUGAUGUGCAUGAGUGCUGUUCAAAAGGAGAUCUAGCUAAUGUUGCUAAUCCCACAAAUGCGACAUCAGAAGAUGAUGGGCAGGAUGCCACGAGGAGGAGAUAUUUAGAACCAAACCAUCUUGCCUAAAGAAAUAGUCUUUCACCUUUCAAAGCUGCUUACAAGAACUUACAAAAAGCACAAGCUGAAGAAGAGCGGUGCAUUUUUAACCAUCGUCUGCGCCAAACGUCUUAACAUGUUUUCCCCGACAAGAGCCAUGCCUCCACCUCCACCACUCUUAACAGGAAGUGCACUGCCUGUGUCUGGCGCGCCAUCUACGGGUCCCUACAAAGAGCACGACCUGCUGCGACAAGAGUUAAAUUCUCGGUUCCUGGCCUCCCAGACGGUCGAUCGAGGAGGCGCACUGGCCCCUCCAGCCUACCUGCGCACUGAGUUCCACCAGCACCAGCACACACACCAACACACUCAUCAGCAUACCUUCACACCCUUCCCUCAUUCCAUCAUGCCCAACCCAGCAGCACCUCUGGUGUGUACCCCUGCCAGACAAGUGAGGAUACAUGUUAAUGCAUUUGACAAAUACCCAGCUAAAGUGGACACCUUUCAAAAACACAGUUUGGUCCUGUCCUAUCCAUCAGUAAUGACUGGAAUACCUCCUAUGGUUCCACCUGCUGGACCAUUCAGCUCUCUCCAGGGAGCUUUUCAACCAAAGGCUUCCAACCCAUUAGAUGAGGUGUUAAGACAAGGGUCAAUGCCACACCAACAUAUACAGAAGGAUUCCAGACUUCUGGAUCCUAUGUGUUCUAAACCAAAGAAACCUGGGAAGUGGUGUGCAAUGCAUGUCCACAUUGCAUGGCAGGUUUACCAUCAUCAGCAAAAAAUUAAGAAACAGAUGCAGAUUGAGCCACAUAAGCUAGACUUUGGGUUUAAGCUUGAGUUUCUGAAUCGAUCAUCUGGUUCGAGCUUCGUGGGUUUGAUACAGCAGCCACGUGACUUACCCCGCCCCUCCACCAUCUUGUCCAUUGCAGGCCCCACACAUCCUUCAGUUUCACCCUAUGGACCUUUACCACACCCCCCCAACAAUCUCCACAGUCUAGGCCCUCAUCAUGAGUCUCUUAAUAAGCCACUGUCCUUUGGAGGUCUAAGUACACUGAGUACAUCUGCUUUUGGAGGACUAGGAAACCCAGCACUAACACCGAAUGCAGCACAUGGCACUAAAGAUGGUAAAACAGUGCCAACCCCAAGUGGGCCACAGGAGCUCUGGAACAGACUGCACCAGACUCCCUCAUCCUUUCCUACACCCCCUCUGUGUCCAAGGACAUCUGAACCUGAGAGAGCUCCAUCUGUACCAGACAGAGCAACAAAUAAGAGAGAUUCCAUACUCAACAAAGAUGACCAGGAAAGGGACCCAAAAGAGUCAAAUGGGAGGCAUUUGUCCCCCUUCAGAAACAGUGCACUGGACAACAAACAAUCAACAGAGUCCUUUAAAGGCCCUUCACCAGAUGGGCCAAAGGAUGAGGACGGAGCUAGAGAGAAAAUGCAAGCUCAAGAGCUUCCACAACAGACCCUAGAAACUGAUGAACAGAGGCACAAAGAAAUCCAAAGUGACAAAAGAGAGAAGGGCGUGAAGAGUGAGCACCAGCCCACGGAAGACAAACCUGCAGGAAAGGAGAGUUUUUCGCCAAAACAACAAAGAGAAGAUCUUAAGGGGCCAAGCAGUGAUAUUCAGACCUGGGAGCCAGUUGAGAAGAAGUGCAGAGUUGAUUAUGAACCUCAAGGAAAGAGCAGCAAGGUGAGGAUCAAGGAGGAGAGGAGAGAUGACCAGGACAGGGAUGUUACAACCCCUCAGAAGAGUGUGGAAAAAACCUGGCAGGGUCCCAGAAUGCCUGGUAUGAACUCUUCACCUCUCUCAACUCUUUCUUUGCCAAUUGGAUUUCCCAGUGGACACCCCAGUCUUGACAGGACUCGGCUGGUCUCACCUUUCCUGGGAAUGGGUCCAUUGCCUGGAACCGAGAGGCUGCCUUACUCCCCGCAACAUUGGGAGCCUAUUCGGAACAUGUACAGGGGAUUAGAACUCCCUCGGAGAGACUCCUUGGGCAAGGACCUCUUAAUGAGAACUGACCCACUGCAACGUGCCAUGAUGGGCCACCCUGCUUACCCACGGGAGCCGUUCCUGCAGUCAAUGGCCCUGGAGCAGAGUCGUCAACUGGAGGAACGACAGCGUUUGGCCAUCCUGAGGGAGGAGAGUGAGAGGAGUCGCCUGCUGGUCAUGCAUCAUACUGCACUGGAUCAUCACCUGCCUCCGACAGGGCUUCUCACGUCGGCUUACCACAGCACAGGGCUCCCGCAUGCCCCACAUUAUGGUUCUUUCAGUAGGACUCUACCUGGAGCCUAUGUGCACGCCCAACCACACCCACAUUUCCCAGUGCUGGCUGCACGGCAAGGGUCUCCGAGAAGAAUGACCCCUCUUACAGACAGACCUGCGUCCCACCCACACAGAGACAAUGAGGCUUGGUGAGCUGGACUGUAUCUGGACUGACAGAUUUGGCCUAUAUCAAGCACUUGAUGUGAAACAAAGUGUAUUCAUGAAAUGUACAGUGGUGAAAGUCAUAAAAUUAUUCUUUUUUUGGGGGGGGGGUCAAAAAUAUUAAAAUAAAUUCUGAA